AUGAUCAAUAGAUUUAUAAAUGGAUUCUUCCGGCGCUCGAUUCAGAAGCAGAUUGAAUACCGAUGUCUUCGCGAUGGCAAAUGUCUUGUCAUCCGUUUGAACCGUAAUCGUUGCCAAUACUGUCGCUUCAAGAAAUGUCUGGCCGUCGGGAUGUCCAGGGAUUAUAAGAUAUCGAGUUCUUAUGUGUUGAGCAUUAGGGGAAAAGCUGUUAGAUACGGACGCGUCCCUAAAAGGUCUCGCGAGAGGGGAGAGGAGUCGCGAGUGACUCAAUCAGAAGCGGACCAGUCGUCGCGCGACGUGGAGAACAAGCAGUUGGCGAUGUAUGACAUAAUACUGACCAUAUCUCAGGCACAUCACGCCAACUGUGCCUACACUGAGGAGAAGACCAGAGGACUCAUCAGAAAACCAGCCAUUUUUGUGAGACAGCUAUCAGUCGGUGCAUUACUAAAGCCUAUUAGUCUGGAUGAAUACCAAACGGGUAGUGCGGGCGACGACUCGCCGACGUCUAACUCCGGCUCUGCGGCCGACUCUCUGGAGCAGAAGAAGAUCGUGAUGUGGCAACACUUUGCAGUACUGGUGACCCCUUCUAUACAAAGAGUGGUUGAAUUUGCAAAACGCGUUCCCGGUUUCAUCGACUUAUCACAAGACGAUCAGUUGAUACUCAUUAAGUUGGGAUUCUUUGAGAUCUGGUUGGUCCACAUCUCCAGAAUGAUCAACACUGUGGACAAUACGCUCACAUUCGCCGACGGGUCGUAUAUCACGAGACAGCAAAUGGAGCUCAUGUUUGACCAUGAAUUCGUGGCCAAUGUCUUCAAUUUUAUGGUUUUAUUAAACAAUCUUCAACUCAACGACACUGAAAUCGGUCUCUUCGCUGGCGUUGUUUUGCUUCAAUCAGAGCGAUCGAGUAUUUAUGACACGAAAGCCAUAGAUCACAGUCAAGAGAAGUUGAUGGAGGCGUUGAAGUUGCAAAUGGGACGCAAUCAUCCGACAGAACCGCACACUUUGGCGCAAUUGAUGAUGAAAUUGCCUGAAUUGCGAUCACUGGGUCUGAAACACGCGCAUCACUUGCAGUGGUUCCGCGCGAACUGGACUCGACUCAAACUUCCACCGCUCUUCGCAGAGAUCUUCGAUAUACCGAAAUGCGAUGAAGAACUCGUUGUCUAAUAACUGAUACCAUUAGUCGAGUUACUUGUGUCAAGUUUUGGGAACAAAUAUUUAAGCAAAUAUUGAACGAAAGAAAUUAUUUAAGUUUUUGUUG